CAGGCGGAUAAAUGACACUUGCGGCGUGGCGCAAGUCUCAAAAGGGUUGGUCUGAAGCAGCCAUGCUGCUAUCCAUUUGGAUGGUACGCUGGUACGAACGACCAGCUUCAGCGAGAACGUGACGUAUUUCCCUUGCUCCAGCCUUCCAGUUUGCCAUUUGUGUGUCUGUCGGGCCACGAGGGGGAGUAGUAGCAGGCUAGUCAUCAUUAGCAACAUAGCCUCUUUAGCAAACCAGCUUCAAAACAAAACUUUACAUUGAAUUGCACGCAAAGCAAGACCGUGCAAUGCAUAUAUUGGUGACCGGAUUAAAGCAGCAAGGGAAUCACGUGUGUAAGAGGUUUUAAAAACGACAUUAAAACCACCAACGUGGUACAAAUAGAAAGAAAAUACAUCUCAUCCCCCAUUAACUAUGGGCGCAGCCAUCUUCUUUGCGAGUUGUACAGCUCUGCUCGCUCUACUUUGAAAGCGACGAGAUACUAUGACCAAAAGGGGGCGUGCCUCAGUGAAAUGCCGCAAGAAAGCUGCGAGAUUUGCGACUUUACCACUUCGUAAAUCCAAAUGGAUAGCAAAUUACCCGUAGGUGUGGUUUGGGCGUAACGUGCAAUGAACCAAUCAGAGCGUUUUCUCGCAUCCCCUUUAAGAGCGAUCGGCGCUUGUUCCAUGGCGGAUUGCUGUUAUGAUGGCGGAUUUGCCAGGCGCACGCAAAGAAAGGUUCACAAGAGAAGAGACCGAUUUGCUCGUCAGAGCAGUCAAAGACCGUGAGAUGACUUUGUAUGGGGAUGGGAGAAACCCACCCAAAAUUGCUUCGGUGAAAGCGGCUUGGGAGGAAAUCGCCAUAAUUGUCUCAGAAGCUGGACAACAUAGGACAUCUCUCCAUUGCCGUAAGCGGUGCAACGACGUCAGGAGAAGAGGCAAGGCCAAGCUUGCUGCCAACUCGCAAGCACGUCAAAAGACUGGAGGAGGAUCUGGCAGUUACCAGGACCUCACGCCGGUAGAGAACAUCGCAGCGUCAACACUGACCGCUGAAAGCGUUGAGGGUUUUGGGGGCUUUGAAGUCGGCACCCAACCCGAUGCACCAGCUGUCCAACCCCAAGCUUCUCAGGAAGAAGACCCUGGCCUCGGGACCAGCGCGCACGGGGCAGCUGAGGGAGCCGCACGGCGGACUCAAUCAAGACGCCGUGGCAGCAGCGCCAGCAGCAUGAGACCGCAGGACCACCCGUUCCUGCAGCUCCAGCAAACCGGGUUCGACAUGCUGGAGCGGGAGCUGGCCGGGAUGCGGCGAGACACCAACACCAGUCUGGACCGGGUGGCGAUGUUGCUGCGGCCUCUCGGGCGCAUCGCCUCAAGUUUGGACCGGAUUGCGACAGCUAUGGAACGUGCAUGGCCCCCAAACGACCCACCUCCUCCCCCUGUUGUGCCCCUUCUUCCCCCUGUUGUGCCCCUUCCUCCCCCCAUUCCAUCUCCGUCCACCCGCUCCACCAGGAGCAUAUCCAGCAUCGCCACUCCCGGACCCUCAUUUGUCGAAUCCCGCCUAGGCAGGCGUAAAGGACUUACCGAGGAGGGAGAAAAUAAUUAAUUUUUCCUUCAAAUCUUUGCAACUUUUCAUUUUUCGUUUUGUAUUUUUCAAAUAAAAAAUGUCUCAAGGACAUACUAUA